AUGUGGCUCUUGACUUCCUCUGAUUCUGGCUUUGAAUCCGCCGGCCAUGAAGAACUCGAGGAAACUAGUCAAGUUUUGCCGUCCGGCGCCAUGACAGCAACCAGCAACGCCCCGCUUGAGAGUGGAACUGCUAGUGCCAUUGUCGCCUUUACGGGCCAGCCGGACCCACUGAGGCAGCUGUUGCAGGCUCUCUCUCGAUCCGCUAUGGAGCAGGCUUCUGAUGAUCCGCUCUAUUUGGCCUAUGCCAGAAUCAUGUCCAAGGUAAGUUUAGGCUAA